UAGAAACUAGCACCGAGUCCCCCUUUCUGACUUCCCCGUCAUCUCAUCCUCCACUCCCCACUUCUCCCCUCCCCACCAGCUCUCCUUUCCCUUCCAUUCCAGCCACCCUAAACCUCCCUGAAGCCUUUCGAGGCAACUCUCCUGGUUGAGCUAGGCAAAGCCGAGGUCAAACCGAAAAGUCUCCGCGAGCCAUGGCUGCUGCCACCACAUCCGCCUCGUUCGCCACCUUCAGCGGUCUUCGUGCCGAGAAUGUGUCCGCGCGCCCCGCUGCGGUGACGUUCCCCGCAGCAGCGUCGCCCGCGCAGCAGGUGGUGGUGGCCACGAAGAAAGUGGUGAAGCGGAAGCAGAUCAUUCUGACGAAGAGCGUGCCGAAUGUGGGCAAGGCGGGCGAGCUGCUGUCGGUGCGGCUGGGCUUCUUCCGCAACUACCUCUUCCCGCAGGGCUUCGCCAAGACCGCCACGCCGCAGAUCCUCAAGCAGAUAGAGGAGGAGCAGAAGCGGAUCGAGGCUGAGAAGCAGAAGGUGCUGGAGGAGGCGCGCAAGGUGGCGCGGCAGCUGCAGACUGUGGGCGGCUUCACCGUCAGGCGCAAGGCCGGCACCGGCAAGUCCUUCUUCGGCUCUGUGAGUGUGAACGACAUCGUGGACAUCAUCAAGGCCAACACCAACAGGGAGAUUCCGAAGGCGGACAUAGAGAUGCCGGAGAUCAAGGAGGUGGGGCAGUACACCGCCACCAUCCGUCUGCACCCAGAGGUCACGGCCGACGUGCGCAUCAACGUCGUCGGCAAGUAGAGCCCGGCACAGCUCAAAACCACAGCUCACCGCACCGCUGGUCGUGGACUGACCAAGGGGGGAACAAGUCACAAGGCUGGGGUUAUGGUGAUGGAGCAAGGGAAGGGCCGUACCUAAGCAGGUUGUGCUGCAUCACCAGUGCUUUCUCAUGUUCAUCAAUGGUGUCCGAAUUCAGGGUUAUUUGUCUACUGCAAAAUAGCGAAUCUGGUAUCAAACAACUAGUCUCAACCUUUUAGUGUACGCACCUUCUACUUCAGACCAUAACGGACACUGACUGACUGAGCCUUUGCUG